AUGCCUUGCUUGCAUCACGAUUGGCGAGUCGAGGGAUUUCCCCGUGCCUUCCCCCAGAUUAUCAGUGGCGAUGUGGGAGCAAGAUUUGCCCUACGCGGAUUUGAAAAAUCGUUGCAGAUCCUCCAGGACCGACUCCGCACCAACACGUGGCUUGGGGGCGACGAAUUCACCGCUGCAGACAUCAUGAACGUCUGUGCAUUGACAACAAUGAAGAUGUUUCUUCCAUUUAGCCUCGCCGGCUACGACUCCGUCCUGGCCUACCUGAAGCGCGUGACCGAACGGACUGCUUAUCAACGAGCAGUGGCUAAAGGCGAUCCUGGGAUUCAACCACCUAUCGGUCCCGAGAAGCCUCUUCGCUGA